UUUCACUUUGUGAACAGUCGACGAGAAUUUUGAGCUGACUGUUGUCUCUGAAGUCUGAAGCAUCAAUUUUCUAGCAUAUCGUCAUGGCGUCUACAAAAGUGGUAAAUAUUCCAAAGGGGGGGUUUUCUUUUGAAAAUUGUCAAAGGAACAAUUUCAUGGCGAACCAAGGCUUUCCAGCACCCAAAGCUGUCAAAACUGGAACAACAAUUGCUGGAUUUAUAUUUAAGGAUGGAGUUAUUCUUGGUGCCGACACAAGAGCUACAGAGGGAAAUAUCGUCGCAGACAAAAACUGCUUCAAAUUGCACUACAUGGCACCAAACAUUUAUUGUGCUGGAGCUGGCACUGCUGCUGAUCUGGAAAUGACUACACUGCAGAUGUCAUCUCAGUUGGAGCUUCACAGGCUGAAUACAGGACGUCAGGUUAAGGUGGCGACAGCCACUCGCCUGCUCAAGCAAAUGCUAUUUCGUUACCAGGGUCACAUUGGAGCUGCCUUGGUCCUUGGUGGCAUUGACAGCACAGGACCCCAUGUCUGUUGUAUUUACCCACAUGGUUCAACAGAUUCUCUGCCUUUUGUUGCCAUGGGUUCUGGUUCGUUGGCUGCCAUGGCUUUCUUGGAAGCUGGAUGGAAGCCAGACAUGGAAUUGGCAGAUGCCAAAGUACUCAUGAGGAAUGCUAUCUGCGGUGGUAUCUUCAAUGAUUUAAUGUCUGGUAGCCACGUCGAUUUGUGCGUCAUCACUCGCGAAAAGGCUGAAAUGAUCCGACCGUUCGAAGUGGCCAACGUUAAAGGUGAACGUCAAGGCUCCUACCGCUAUCCUCGUGGCUGCACGGCAACUCUCUCAACUCGGGUCAUUCCCAUCGAGAUCGAAUCAACUGUCGUACGUCCUGUUGCUGAAGAGAGCAUGGAUACGGCUUGAAAAUUACCCAUUGCUUAAUCCUUUUUUUUUCGUUUGGAACAAAAAGAAAUAAAAAGACCCGGACAUCCCA